AUUUCUUUCUCCUAAUCUUAUAACAAAAAAACAUGAUUAAAAGAUUUCUGACUUGUACCACACGAAUUCAAUCUAAAUACAAAGUAGAUGGUGAUGGAUUGCCUUUAUCACCUACCUGGUCAGUCAAUAGUUUAUUGAAUACAUCUAAUGACCAAACAAGCAUAUCAGAUGAACAACUAGAUCAUUUAUGUCGAUUAGCACAACUUUUACCACCGAAACAAGCAAAAGACCGUGAACAAUUGAAAAGUGAUAUGAAUGAUCUCACUCGGUUUGUCCAAUCCAUACAACAACAAGACUUUGGGAAAACGGAACCACUCUCUCAUAUUUGGCAAGAAACAACAGGAAUGAAUUUACGAACUGAUAAUGUCAUUAAUACUGACAAGGUGAAUGGAACAAAACUCUUGGAAAAAGCAAAACAAAUCAGCUAUCCAUUCUAUACAGUCAAAGGACAAUAUCAAGCAGAAUAAUUAAAGGAUAGAUUAGUCACAUAGAUUAACCAAACACUUAUAUGUAUAUAUAUUCACUAGGAAAU